AUGGCCCGCCGCCAGGCCGUCGAGCAGCUCCCGCCGUUUGCCACCAUCGCGCCCGACGACCGCCGCGGCGCCCUCUGGAUCGCCGCCCUCCUCAGUCUCAUCUUCGUCACCAUGACGCUCGGCGCGCGCCUCUACGUCCGCAAACACAUGCUCGGCCGCGACGACUUUGCUGCCAUGGCCGCCGUCGCCCUCGCCGUCGCCCAGUACGCCGCGCUCUUUGCCGGUAUGCCCUCUGGUCUGGGCACGUCCAAGCUGUCUGUGACGGCUGGCAACGAACGCAAGAACGGCUCUCUCCUCCUCACCUCACAAGCCGUUUUCAUGUGCGGCCUCUACAUGGCCAAACUCGCCGUGCUGCUCGCCACCGAGCGCCUGCUCGCCGCCACCAUGAAGACGGUGCGCCGCGUGUGUCUGCUCAUCCGCGGCGCUCUGGCCGCCGCCGCCCUCGCCUCGAUCUUGCUCAUCACCCUGCGCUGCGCGACCCACAGCCUCCUUUCUCUCUCGAGCGGCCCGCGGCGCUGCAGCGGCCUUGGGCAGCGCUGGGUCAUCAUCGCUAUUCUCGACGCCGUCACCGAGACGGCCAUUCUCUGUGUGUUUUACGGCCUCGUCUGGUCGCUGCAGAUGCGCGCGGCGCGGAAAUGGAUGUUGACCCUCCUGCUCGGCUUGCGUCUCCUCUGCCCCGUCUUCACCGGCAUCUACACAUCCGCCAUUCAGUCUUACGCCAACAGCUCGGACCCCGCCGUCGAGGUCAUGUCGCCCCUCGUCUGGCAGCAAGUCGCCCUCGGCUACUCCCUCAUCGCCGCCCUGCUCAUCGCCCUGAUCCCCUUUCUGCGGAGCUUCCACACCGGCAUGGUCCUCAACGUGCAGAACAUGGGCUCUGGCGGCAGUGGCGGCGAGUGGGGCAGCUCUGCGCGCUCCCGCGACAACGUCUACCGGUUGAAGAAUCUGUCGACCAAGAUUAGCAAGGCCGUGAGCAGCACCAGCCAGCCGCCGCCGCCGCCGCCGCGCACCGUGCCGCUGUCAGAGACCGAGGUGACGCGAUCCACGUCGCUGCGGUCGGGGGAGGAAGCGGCGUGGCGGAGCAAGAGUCGCUCCGAUGACGGCGCGGGCUCGGCCGACGGAGCGGCCCAGGAGCCGAUGGUGAUUCAAAAGACGGUCGAUUGGUCGGUGCAAUAUGAAGAGGGCGAGGCGCGGGGUCUACAGCACCCCGGCCUGCCUGGCUAUCUGAGCACCGAGACAACGUACCGCUAG